AUGGAUGUGGAUGCCAACGCCGUCUACGCCGCUGGGGACCACGAGCCAAAGCUGCCGGGCUCGACUGCGCUACACAUCCUCGCGUGUGGCGUCGCAUUUUGGCAUGUCGAGGCGCUCGAGUACCUGCUCUCUAAACGCCCCAAUAUUGAAGCUAGGAACAAGAUGGGCCUGACGCCUCUGCUUGCAGCUAUCCAUGGGGAUAUGCCAUACGGACCCUGGCGCGAGGAAACGGUGCGGGUGUUGUUAAGGCACGGGGCCGAUGUCAAUGCGAUCAUGGAGACGACGGAGGAUGUGUGGGGUGGGUCUUCGGCACUUGAGAUGUCGAACCAUGCCGGCAUCACCAAGCUUUUGUUGGAAAAUGGGGCAAGCGUUAAAAGCUGCCCGGGCAUCUUGACACGAGUCAUUCGGGAGUGGAUGGAUCCGGAAAUCGCGAAGUUGCUGUUGGACGCUGGGCUCGACCCGGAUGAGCUACCAUCCUUGCAAGAGCAGACCAGAGUCGACUUCGCUCUUCAAGGCAUCGUGAGAGGACCGCGGCCGGGUAUCCCACGUUUCUAUGACAGGGGUAUCCCAAGCGAACUGCAACCGCGUGAGGCCAUCACGGGACGGACUCUCCUAGCCUCAGCUUGCAUCCCCAUGAUCCCCAUGGCGCACGUCCUCCUCAACGUCGGGGCCGACCCCCUCAUUGUCGACGACGAAGGCCGCACCCCUCUCCACUGGCUCUGCACAUUCCAGGGACCGUUCGACGUGCCGCACCGCAACGCCUUCACCGCCCUCACACGCAACGGCCCAGGCGCCCUCACAAUCCGAGACAAGCAAGGCCGGACGCCGCUGCACCUGGCGCUAGCCACCCACGCCAACGUCUCGCAACACUCCUUGUUCGCGGUCCAACACCUCCUCGCCGCCGGCGCGGACCCGGCGGAGCCAGACCCAACCACGGGCAACUCGGCGCUGCACUCCAUCGCCCCGCGGCUGCUGGGCAAGUCAGAGGCCUCCGCGGCGGCGGCCACCCUCUUCCGCGAGCUGGCCACGCGUGUCGAGGCGCUGGAUGUGUUCGUCGAACUGGGCGCGGAUUUGCAGGCGGUGGAUGGGCGCCGGCGCACAUUACUGCAUGCCGUGGCCGAGGGGUGGGAUCUACCGGGGUGGGAUGUUACGGGUUUGUUUAAGAGGUUGAUGGAGCUGGGUGUUGAUCCCCGCGCGGAGGAUGAGGCGUUACGGACGGCGAUUGAUGUGGCUGUUGCGAGGGAAUUGCGUGGGGUUGUGAUGUUGUUUACCGAGGAGGGGAAGAUGGAGGAGGCUGAGAGGCAGGUAAGGGCGGACAAUGAGAGUAACAGUGAUAAGAGCAGCAGUGAUAGUGACAGCGAGGAUGAGGACGACCUGGGGAUCUUGUGGACUUAG